UACGAAACGAGUGUAUCAUUAAAAUUGAAACAUAAAAAUCGCCGUCUCUUAAGCAGUUGGACAUGAAUUCAAAAAUCCUUUUAUUUCAAGUCUUGUGCCUAUCAUUAGCUUUGAUUGAAAUCAAAGCCUAUGUUAGACCGGAGGCACCAAUGAAUGAAUACCACGAAAGUAGAGACGCGAAGCCCUUUGAGCCCGAAGAGGACAGACACCGUCAUCACCACCAUAAGCACCACCACCACCACCACCACGGGGGCCAUCACGAAAACAUGGACUCAUUUGGUGAGCCCAGACACCAUCGCUCGCACCCAUUCCCGGGUCACGCGCACAUCAUAUCCAAACUGAUGCCACUCGUGAAGGCCUUAUCCCAAAGGAGUUUCAAACAGACCGGUAAUAUAAAGGCUUCCAGUGAUGCCAAACUGGAGUCGUCCUCCAAGUCCAGGGCUUAUGUGGUCAGCAAAUGGAAGACACAGACAAAGGAGAUGUUUGUUAACAAACAAAAUAAUAACUCGAGUAAAGUGUUGACGCGAACCAUCGACGCGAGCGGCGAAACCGAUGCUGUGGUCGACCUCAACGCCGAUAUGGAUGUCGUCAGCAAUAAAGUGUUGACCGCCAAGAACACUGUCGAUUCAGAGCCCGCAAAGGAGGGGUUGGAGAAGCACCACAAGCACCACCACCACCGCAGACACCAUCAUCACCACCACGACAUGAAUGGUGAACAACAACAACAGGAAUCUGAGGGACAGUAUAACAGAAGGUAUAAGCGGGAGACCACUGGUGACGAUCAUCACGAGGACAAAGGUGUGGGCAAUCAGUUCAUAGCGAAAGUGGGAGACAUCUUCAAAAAGGCCGGUCAGGCCAUCAGCGAUACUGUGAAAGAAUACGCGCCGAAGUUUGAGAAGGGGAUUAAGGAGACGGUCGACAAGAUAUUCAACCCCAAGAAGAAGCCGGCGCCCAAUGGCGACAGCCCUACCGUCGCACCCAAGGAGGGCGAGAGCGACGAUGAUUUUGAUGCCGUCGAUAAUAACGGAAACUUUGACCACAACUUGAAUGUCCGGAAGAUAUUGUGUGAACUGCUUCUGGAGGACUGCGCCGACAAUAGUGUGCAGACGUGCAGUGGUGGCGAACAGAAGCGGCUGUCCGUCGGACUCGAAUUGGUUCAGCAAAUGAAGCCAAACCUCUUGUGUAUCGAUGAGCCCACCAGUGGUCUCGACAGCAAUGCCUCGGAAUUGGAGGCGUUGAAAAUAAUGAGCGAAGAGUCGGAUGUCAUUCAAAACGUCAAACUAUUAUUCUUUACGGUCACGUGUCUCGGGUUUGUAUCCAUGGCCUGCACUAUACUGGUGUUCCCAUCGGAAGUCCGUAUAUUCCUCAGCGAACACCACAACCGGUGGUAUUCAACGAGUUCUUACUAUUGGAGCAAAUUAUUUGUCGAAAUCCCUGUCUGUGUAGUCAUUUCAGUGGUUUAUUCAACGAUUAUGUACUUCUGUACGGGACAGUUACCCCAAACAUUUCGCUACUCAUACUUCACUAUUGUUUCGGUGUGCGGUAUGUUUAUUGCAAACAGUUUUGGCAAUGUAGUCGGGAUCAUAUUUGCCCAAAAUUAUCAAUUGGCCACUACUAUAGGCGUUGCCUUUUUUCUCGUACUCUUUCUUUUGGGCGGAUUUGCUGUCCGACUGUCCACUCAGGAUGUGGUCAUUCGUGGACUCAGUUAUAUAUCAUCCGUUAAAUUAAUAUUUCAGUCAAUUAUGAUCACAACCUAUGGCUUUGACAGAUUUCGCACGGAUUUGUUUGGCAGACAAAGCAAACCAAUUCUGGUGUCCCUUUCCGGACGAAUCAAUUUCCAUACACUGACGGCACUCAUGGGUCCGUCCGGUGCCGGAAAGACCACUCUUUUAAUAUGCGAUCAAAUUCCGGACUCACAAGGAACGGCAUCCAAACGCAUGAAUACGAGGGCCAGUAAUACCAUUCCCAUGAUAGCGGCCACCAGUGCUAUGAAUACCAACACGUUAUCGUCUUUGCUCAGCCUGUGCCGAAAGGGUUAUCUGCAGUUGGUUGGCUUCAUGACUGAGGGCCGGGGGUAA